AUGGCGGCCUCUACAGAUCUACUUGGACGUCUCCAAGCCCAUCUCAGCCAGCUGGAACAGGAUCCAAUCAACACAAAUAUCGACGAACGCCUUUUCGAAUCAUGCUCACUAGCACUGGCUCCCGGAAUUUCGAAAAAGGAUUCCAUUACGCUCAUCUCACAGCUCUCCCGCAUUCUGCCAGUGCUACAACAGGAUCCGACACAGCCAAUUCAAUUCUUGGUACUUUUGCUGGAACCGUUGAGUUUCUCGGACGUGCUCGGUCUCAAUUCUGCUGUGGACUUUGUGGGCGGACUGCAUGUUGCUGCUGUACCGUACAACAAGCUUAUGCUGGCACUGUUGAGCAAAGCUGCUGAAAAUGCUACUGAUGCUGCGACUAUUGCUGCACAACCUGAAGUUGUCACUGCAUUGGUAAAUCUCUGGCUGUGCACUGGUGAUGCGGGUGUCGCCAAGCAGGCUGGGGAUGUGUUGCUUGCAUUGCUCAAGGUCGACCAUGCGGUUCCUCCGGGUGCUGGUGCGGAGGAGUCGCUGCCUGGUCACAGUCAGGGAUUGAUGUGGAAGCGUGUGUUUGGCGAUCAAGAUGUCUAUGCUUUGGUCUUUUCCGUCUGCUCACUGAAGCAUACUGAGGGCGUCGAGUUGUCGGGAAGUCAGAGGACACUUGCUCAAGCUCGACUGCUGGAAUGGUUGCCUGAGGUUGGUGCCGUCAACUGGAAUGCCAUCACACAUGCACAUCAUCCAGAGAUCGAGAAGCGCUAUACCGAUGGUAAAGGAGAGGGUAUGCUGUAUUUCGCUGCAGCAUGUAUGGUGGACACGGCCGGUGAUGUCCUGAUGCAUCGUUGCUUGGUCGAGUUUUACGCAACCUUGCUUCUGACCAUCAUUCCCACCGAGUCGGCAGGAUCACCACACUCUUCUGCCGCUCUUGACUUUCUCAUCCAGCACAAGCUUCACGAGAAGGCGAUGAGUUUCUACCUGGAUCCAUCAAACCCUCGUCACGAUCCGUUGGAUGUCCAGUUCUUGUACGCACCCUCAGCAAACUAUGUCGCCGCCUACGUGUCAUCAUAUCCCUCCCACUUCCUGGCCAGCCCGUUGAAAUCAACUCUCAUCAAGCGUCUACAAAGCUCUUUGGAUCUAUCGCCCAGCCGUUGGGCUCACCAAGAGUCACCCAAACACGACUUACACAUCUUAGCCUCGCUGCCUCGUAGCGCUUUACUCCCCACCAACAACAACUGGUCCUCAUCUCCACUUUCACUUCUACCUUCCAAACACACAAACGCCGAUGUCUUAGCAACACUUGCCACAAUCUUUCACGGGCCCUCCAAGCAAGAAAUAAUCAACUACCCUGCUUCCUCACCUCUGAUGAACACAACACACGACGCAACCUGGAAGUCUGAAGCACAAGCUGCAUACGCACUCUACUAUCUCUAUCUCAAUCAUAACCCUUCUCUUUUCGCUGACCUGGUUCAACACGCCAAUAUCAUUGCUUUGAGGGAAACUGCUCUGGCUGCAAUCAGCUUGAUCAGGAGUAUUGUAACUGCAAACUGGUUACCUCUGUCUGAAACCUCCACACCCAGCUCCGACGCCUUUAGAGCAGCAUUGCCUUCUACCGCACUAGCCGAGCAACAGAAAGGCUUUCUCGCUAUCCUCUCUCCACCUUCCCUGGAACACACACUGCCCUACCUCCUCUCCCCCACCCAAAGCUUUUCCAACCUCGUCGGUGGAGUUGGCGAUACAGAAAAUUCAGCUUAUAGGGUUGCGAUGAGUAAAUUUGAGUGUCUCAAGGAAGUGUACAAUAGACUGAGUGUUUAUUGCGAGGAAAGUGGGGAAGAGGGAGAAGAGUGGGUGGAUGUGAUCAAGACUUUGAGGAAGAAGGUCGAUGAGGGACCUUUUGGGGGUAGAGGGGGACAAGAGGUUGGUGGUAGGAUUGCCACCAUGGAGUUGUAG